AUGGUACUGAAAGCAGCUAUGUUGGCACAUUUCAUUGAAGAUUCACUUAAGUCACCCAGCCCAGGCCAGUCGCUCAGCCUGUUUGGGCGUAAGAGCAGCUCCACAGCAGCUGAUCAUGUUGGGGCCAUCCAUCCACAGCAAUCCACACGAGCAGAAAAAUGGGCAAUUACGCUAUGUCCAGGAACUGUUCUGAUCAUUCUCACUGGUCGCCACAGAGGCAAGCGUGUGGUCUUCCUGAAGCAGCUUGCUAGUGGCCUGUUGCUUGUAACGGGACCCUUGGCUAUCAAUCGUGUCCCUCUGCGCAGGACUCACCAGAAAUUCGUUAUUGCCACAUCUAGCAAGGUUGAUAUCUCUGAGGUGAAACUUCCAAAACAUCUCACCGAUGCCUACGUCAAGAAGAAGAGGCUGCGUAAGCCCAAACAUCAAGAAGGCGAGAUCUUUGACACUGAGAAAGAAAAAUAUGAGAUAACAGACCAACGCAAGGCAGACCAGAAGACAGUGGACUCACAAAUCCUGUCAAGAAUCAAGAAGGUGCCUCAGCUCCGUGGCUACCUGCGUUCUGUAUUUUAUCUCUCCAAUGGAGUUUAUCCUCACAAAUUGGUGUUCUAAAUUUUCUGGAAACACAUUAAAAUUGGGGAAAUACUGAAAAAAAAAAA